AUUUGUCGCACGAAACUCUUCCUACCCACUUACCUCCUUCCCUCCAUAUGACUGACCCCCUCCAAAAUGCCUAUGCCGUUCAUCUCAAGGAGAUACAAUGUGUCGCGCUCUUCGACAUUGACAACCACUCCUACCGUUACUCCCUCUCCCAGCUCUGCCUAUACACCAAGUACAACCUGACCCUUCGAUCACCUAAAUUCAACUACACCCGCACGCCUACUCCUGGAGGCUACGACAAAUUCAUCACCCUGUGGAAUCGCGAUUACGCCUGCCCAUGGAAGUUUGCCUACCUCGAUGAUGGCCAGGUUGUGGUUCCUGGUGACCCCAUCACUAUUCACGUUCUGGCACCGCCCACUUCCAGUGAUCCCGAAAAGGCCGCUGAGCUUGAGGACGACCUCAGGGAGAUGUCCCGUUUCAUCGCCAAAUGCGCCAUAGUGAACGACAAGGCUGGCGAGCGGAAGAAGAAGAUUUGCCUCGAGGCAAAACAAUUCCCUUCAGCUUCCAGCUGCACCAUCCAGCAGUUCAAGCGUGGACUUCGUUCUGGACGUCAGAGUCGUGCAGUCACUCCUCGCACUGAAACUGAAUCCCUUCGUGGGUCAGUUCCUCCCGAAUCCAUUCGCAGAUCCAUUCCUCCACUCAAUCCUAUAAAUGAUCCAACGUUAGCCCUAUUGGAUGACAACACUCACCUGGAGGGCGCAUCCACAGACCAUGCUGGCGGCGAGGGCUCUAAAGACAAAGGUGGCGAGAGGGCAGCAGAUGGCGAGGACAGUUCUCCCCUUCCAGCUGUACCACUGGGCCAUGCUCCAUCCUCGCUUGCACAGAAUCAAUGCUUUUCACCUUACGCACAGGGACAUCCAUCAUCACCAGGAACUUCCAGCGAUGUGCCACUCUCGCCCUUUGCAUCGUUCAGCAGUGAACAUAAUUCAGUGUGCAAAGAUCGCUCUGAUUUGAGCCAGGCUCAAGUCGCUCAGGUAAUGUUGCUAUGUAGUCCGACAACCCCGGUAAUGAUGGCAGCGAUGUCAAACUCGCCGUCUACACUUCUGUUGAAUAUGCCGACAUCUCAGCCGGCGCCUCAGCUCUUGUCUCUCACUCCUAAGCCUGUGGCACUCACAACAAUGGAUCGUGUCACUGCGAAUGGCGCGGGGGAUGGCAUGGAUGCCAGUCGGAGUGACGAUCUUGAUGGUGAACUCAAUAUGGAUGCCCUUGGAGACUUAGAUGCCAGAACUACACUCUAGUAUUGUACACAUAUAUCAGACAUAGACUAGUUGUAACAUGAAAUGAUGUAGCUGAACUGCAGUAUGCGCAUAGGGAAAAUGGAGAAAAGGAAAAAAGAACAGAAAGAGAAAAUCUCAAUAAGGCAAUUCUCAGAGA